GCACGGGAGCCGAGGGCGGCAGCGCGAUGGCAGUCUCCGAGCUCUACACAAAGUAUGCCAGGGUUUGGAUCCCUGAUCCAGAGGAAGUCUGGAAGUCAGCAGAACUUCUCAAAGAUUAUAAACAAGGAGAUAAAGUCAUCCAGCUUCGACUCGAAGAGGGAAAGGAAUUAGAAUAUUGCCUUGAUCCUAAGACCAAGGAACUGCCUCCCUUACGAAACCCUGACAUACUUGUUGGUGAAAAUGAUCUCACAGCACUCAGUUAUCUCCAUGAACCUGCUGUUCUACACAACCUCAAAGUUCGCUUUAUUGAUUCAAAACUCAUUUAUACCUAUUGCGGACACCCAGAGCUGUGGUCCAAGCUGCUAUCGAGUCACUCUCCUUUACUCCAUCACCAUGGAAUAUUCUACAUUAUGGGAAAUGUGGACGCGCACAUAGUGUUUUAG